AUGACAACACCAAACAAUAUCGUUCUUGACCCUGCACUCCAAGCACCCUUUCCAAAUACAGAUACAAUGGAAUCGGAAGGUCCUUUGGCUCCACAGAAAUCGUCUCGAAAAAGGAAUAUAUCUUCAAGAGAUAACCUGUAUUCUAUCAGUGUUCCAAAACCCAAGACUGCUAAAACACCGGCUGCAAAACCAAAACCCCCCAAAAAAACUGCGAAGAAAAAGAACCAAACUCCAAAAGAAACCGGAAACGAGGAGGGACAACCGGUGGCACCUGAUGAAGAAAGACAAGGUGAAGGUGGAGAAGGAAGUGAUUCGGAAGACAGUGACGAAUCGGACAAACAAGCGCGUGCUCCCAACUAUCUGGAGCAUGAGGAUCUCCAGCUCUGUACCUCAUGGCUUGAAAUAACCGAAGACGGCCGGAAAGGGACAAAUCAAACUGGUGCGGCCUUCUGGGAAACAGUUGCGAACCACUAUCGAAGCAAGAUUCCUCAACCUCCACGACCGUUGAAGAGCAUCAAAGGCCAUUGGGGCCUCAUACAAGCGGCGUUAAACAAAUUUCACGGGUGUGUGAACCAAAUCAACCAUUGGAAUCCGAGCGGUACAACAGUGGCCAAUCGGAUCAGCAUGGCCCACACGUUGUACAGCAAGCUUCACGAGAGGCCAUUCAAGUACAUGUCCUGCUACGAUCUCCUUUCCAAAGCCCCUAAGUGGCACGAUUACAAUGCCUCCAUCACCAAAAAAGCUGAACAGAAAAAUUCAGCCACCGCUCAGCCCUUGAGCCCCUUGCCAGCGUCUUUGCCUAGCUCUACGCCUGCUGAGACCGUUAACUCAACUUCGGAUGCCUCCGGUGACGAGACUGCGCGUGGUGGGGAAUUGGCUCGUCCAAACGGCCGAAAAAAGGCAAAGGUGGCCUAUCAGGUGGAACGACUUGACAAAUCCAAUCACGAACACCUCAAGAAGAUGGCUGUUGCUCAUGUUGACAUAGCCGAGGUUGCCAAAAAGCAACAUACCUCACUAGCCAGUGCGAUGUCUGCUCAGCACUCUGCUCUUGAACGACUUGCAGACGAGGCAAUCAUGAAUAAGGACCUCACCGGCGCUGACGACGACGUCAAGAGGUACUAUACCCUCCAACGAAAAUGA